AAUGGUGAUGAAGUAAGGUUUGAGUUGGGCCUAAAGUUCAAUACAAAAGAGCAGGUUAAGAAUGCUGUUAAAGAUUUUGCAAUGGAGACUAAGAAAAACUUGUAUUUCAAAAAGAAUGAUGGAAAGAGAAUUAUUGUUAGGUGUGAGCCAGAAUGUCCAUUUUACAUGAGGAUCAGUAAGAGGACUUCAAAUGAAUAUUGGCAAUUAGUGAGUUUCACAGAGGAUCAUACAUGUAAUAGGAGGGCAAAAAAUAAACAAGCUAAGACUGAAUGGCUUGCCAAGAAAUUCGUUCCUAUGUUGAGACAUACACCUGAAAUGAAACCCAAUGGAUUGAUUGUUGAGGCGCUUGAUAAAUGGGGUGUGAAGUUGUCUAAAUACCAAGCAUAUAGAGCCAAAGUAAGAGCCAUAGAAAUGAUUCAAGGUGCUCAAAGGGAGCAAUAUGCACAUUUGAGAGAAUAUGCUGAUGAACUUAGGAGAUCAAAUCCAAACUCUACGGUUAUUAUUAAGUGUGGUAUGUCUGACAUUGGACCAGUAUUUGAGAGAAUAUAUGUAUGUUUGGAGGCUUGUAAGGCUGCAUUUGCUAAUACAUGCAGGCCUUUAAUUGGGUUGGAUGCUUGUUUCUUGAAGGGAGAAUAUGGCGGUCAAUUAAUAGCCGCAGUAGGUAAAGAUGGGAAUAAUCAAAUGAUUCCCAUUGCAUAUGCAGUUGUUGAAGCAGAAACAAAAGACUCAUGGCAAUGGUUUCUGGAUCUUUUACUGGAGGACCUCAACAAUGUUCAGCAAAAGCAAUAUGCAUUCAUUUCAGAUCAACAAAAGGGAUUGGUACCGGCCAUUGCCAACAUUGGGGCCCAUGUGGAACACCGAUUAUGUGUUAAACACUUGUAUGGGAAUUGGAAAAAAAAGUAUCCUGGAGGACAUAUGAAAGAGCUUCUUUGGUUGGCAGCAAGAGCUACUGUGGUCCAGGAUUGGGAGAAAGCAAUGCAAAAAAUUAAGGCAAUCAAUGAAGAUGCAUGGAAAGACAUGAUGCAACUUCCACCAUCUAUGUGGACUAGGUCAGCAUUUCGCACUGAUACACAAUGUGACCUUCAAGUAAACAACAUGUGUGAGGCUUUCAACAUGGCUGUAUUGGAGUAUAGAGAUAAGCCUAUCAUAACAUUACUUGAAGAUACUUAUACGGUAAAUCUACACACAAAAACUUGUGCUUGUCGUAAGUGGGAUUUGACUGGUAUUCCGUGUUGCCAUGCUCUUGUUUGCAUAUGGCAUAACAAAGCUGAUCCAGAAUCUUCUAGUUCUGUUCAAUUUUGUUCUGGUUCUGGUUUUAUUCUUGUGCUUGUUCUGGUUGUGAGUUCUGCUUGUUCUGGUUCUGCUGGUUCUGCAUUAUUAUGUGCUGCUUGUUCUGGUUCUGCAUUAUUUUGUGCUGCUUGUUCUGGUUCUGUUUGUUCUGGUUCUGCAUUAUUCUGUGCUGCUUGUUCUAGUUCUGCUUGUUCUGGUUCUGCAUUAUUCAGUGCUGCUUGUUCUGGUUCUGCAUUAUUCUGUGUUGCUUGUUCUGGUUCUGCAUUAUUCUGUGCUGCUUGUUCUGGUUCUGCAUUAUUCUGUGCUGCUUGUUUUGGUUCUGCAUUAUUCUGUGCGGCUUGUUCUGGUUCUGCUUGUUCUGGUUCUGCAUUAUUCUGUGCUGCUUGUUCUGGUUCUACUUGUUCUGGUUCUGCAUUAUUCUGUGCUGCUUGUUCUGGUUCUGCAUUAUUAUGUGCAUUAUUCUGA